UUUUAUUAGAGAAAAUUGAAGAUUUGUGAAGGAAGAGAUUUCCUUUUCUGAUAGUAAGACUCUAUCAGUCCUAGUGGAGGGAGAUCCUCUGCAUCUUAUUCGGGCUCUUCUUGUCCGGUAGUAAGACUCUAUCAGGGCUGUUGCAAAUUUGUCUUCGACAUUCUCGAAUCUCGAUCAUAUCAGUAGGCACGGCCGCACGGGCAUGACGACAAUGUACAAUACGGGCCUAGCGUUUGGUGGGCCGUUGACUAUGAUAGCUGGUUGGCCUAUAGUUGGCGGACUCUACUUAUGGAGUCCAAAGUUGUGCGGCAAAGAAUGGGCUUCUAUUUGCUUCUUGGAUUACAGGCCGGUUUAGGUGAGUGUAUCCCUUCCUUUGCUCGAGGUCUUGAGAUUCUUGUGGUGGAUCAUGAUAUGAUGUCUCUCAUGAACAUAGCAUGGGUGCUCGAACAAUUCGCUUUCAAAGUCACCACCACUGAAAUGGGAUCUGUUGCUUUGUCCAUGAUUGAAGCUGAAAGAAAAAGAUCAUUCAAUCUGGUCAUGGUUAAUGUCCAUAUGAUCGAUAUGAGCAUCCUCGAAUUUAUUCAAAUCCUGCUUAAGAAGAACAUUACUGUUAUCUUGACCACCACCCGUGCACAUACCAAAAUGGCUCUAAAAGGGUUAAAAGAAGGGGCAUCAUUUUUUUAUGAGAAACCAGUGUGUUUGGAUGAGCUUAGGUAUGUUUGGCAGCAUGUGUACAGGAGGAAAAGAAACUUAACAAAAUUGGGCUCAAACAGCGGAGCUGUACAAGAAAAAAAGGGGAAACGGGGAAGGAAACCUAAGAUUCUAACGUUGGAAGAGCCUAGUGGUUCAGCUAAGGUUCCAAAAAAGAGAGGUCGAAAACGAAAGAAUAAAGAGACAGAGGUGGAAGUACUAGAAGUGGAUGUAGAAGUAGUAGAUUGUGGAGCUGGCCAUCAAGAAUUAGCUGAUGAUCCGAAGGGGAAGAGGAAGGUGUCUGAAGAGGAAGUCCAGAUCAUGAGUGGCAAUGACUAUCAGAUUAAGAAAAUUAGAGCAGAGACAUUUAAUGGAAGUGGAGACCUACUGGUGCUUAAUGAUCCGAAAGGGAAAUCGAAGCAAGUUGAAGAAGUGAGACUGAUUGAGGUCGGCGAUGAGCCAAAAGAACCACCAAACUCUGGCAUUGAACUGAUAAACAAAGAUAGCGAAAACAAAGACACAGAAGUUGGAUUCGAGUGGGAGCAGAUUAUUUCCAUGCCUGAAUUAGCGAAGGAGGAUGCAGAGAAAGAUAUGAGAGACAAGAUUAUGAGCAUUGCUGGAGAUAAAAAGAAUCGCGUUGUUUGGACUAAAGAACUGCACUUGAAAUUCACACAAGCUGUGAGCCUUCUGGGAGAUGACAAAGCUGUUCCAAAAACAAUACUAGAGAUUAUGAAUGUUCCUCAUUUGACUCAUCGCCAAGUCGCAAGCCACCUUCAGAAAUAUAAAAAUCAAGUCAAGCAAAUCGGCAACACUGCCACCCCCACUUCCCCAGCAGGACCUACAUCAUCCAGCUUAAAUAUUAGCACAUUUCAACAAGCGCCAGAGAUGAAGAAUUUACAGGCACAUGAGCAGAGCCAGGGAGGUUUGAAUAUUGGAGCACUAUAUAACUCUACUUUUCCAGACGCACUGUUCAGUUUUAACGAAAGGCUGAAGAUGGCUUCCUCCUACAUUAAUGCACAAAAUCAAAACCAACUGGUGUUGCCAUUUCAAGGACUGGAUACUCUGCCCAGAAAUGUCUCUUCAGGAAACCAAGUUCAGUUGCCAAUGCAAGGACUGGAUGCUAUACCUGGAAAUGUCUCCUCGGGAAACCAACUGCUGAUGCCAAUUCCUCAAGCGGAUGCUAUGCCCAUACAGGUCUCUCCAAAGGAACCCACAAUUGCAGAGAAAUAUCUGAUCAACUUCACUGAGGAGAACAAAGACUUACUGGCUACUAACGAUCCAGUUGCUCCAUCAGCCGGUCCAGGAAAUCAGCAUCAGCAGCGGCAAUCCCUUGACGAUUAUUGUGAUAUUCUGAAAAUUCUAGAAGAAGAACGUGACAAAAACAGGAGUUUAGAUUCAGGGGAGAUGGAUAAAUACUUGGAAUGGCUGAACUCGGAUUUGGUCUGAAAUAGCUCGGUUCCUGAUAGUCCUCUGGUAACUGCAAGUUGGUGUUCAUUUCUUGACACAAAAUCCAUACAUUUCAGUAACUUACAAUUAGUCAGUUUUCUUCCAUGUCGCUGGCAGGUACGUGGAGCAUCGAUUUCGAUUCUUCCUUGAGCUGGCCUCCAAUCUUUAUACAAGAUAUAAGCUUUAGUUUCUUGCUAAAUAUGAUGGAAUAAAUUAACUUUGAUGAACUAAUUUUCAGAUGAUAUGCAACAAUACAUUUCCCAUCCAAUAUUUUGUUGGUACUAUCAGUUUAUUUUGGAUGGACCAAAUUCAUGGAAUUAAAGGAUAUCCUCUAUUCAUAGCUAA